GAUACGCCAUCUCUCGGCAAAACGUCCUGGCGCACUGCUUAAAAGACUUUGAACUCUCGUCCGGAGCAUCAGUCAGCGGCGGCCCUUGUUGCGAAUCAAUUCUACUUACUUGGGAUAUUGCCUGUUGUUACAGAUGUCCGCAAACCGGCCCGUCGCAUGCCUCGUAGUCCUCUUGGUGGCAGUUAGCAUCGUGGAAGCAAAAGUCUACAAGAGAUGCGCGCUUGCGCAAGAACUGAAAAGCAGAGGAAUUCCAAGAAACCAGAUAGCCAACUGGGUUUGCAUCGCCCGCCACGAGAGCAACUACAACACCCGAGCACUGGGACGUCCGAAUAGAGAUGGCAGUAGGGACCACGGACUCUUUCAGAUCAACGACCGCUACUGGUGCAGCCCUCCUGGACCACAUAAUGACUGCGGAGUGAGGUGUUCUGCUCUGAGGGAUGACAAAAUCGCUGACGACGUCAAGUGCAUUCGGAAGAUAUACGCCAGGCAUGGAUUCUCGGCAUGGGUUGCUUGGAAAAACCGUUGCCGAGGAAGGAAUCUUAGCGGGUACGUCGCUGGAUGCAAGAUAUAAAAGAAAACUGCAAUCCUCGUACGCGCGAAUAAGAGACCUUCAUCAGUGCCUAUAGAGAGGGCCUUGUAUAGGACCACGUGCACAACAGCUAUGACUUGUUCUGCACUCUAUCCUAUACCAAGACAAGUUGUUGACAACAUGAGAACAAGAUGUUCAGUUUCAGCAUGUUUAUUCAGAUGAACAAUUUCAGCAUGAUUCGCUCAGCUUGAGGGAAUUAAGAGGCGGAAAUAAAGCUAUAACAUCCAUAAGCAGA